AAGAUCAUGUUUUGAACAACUUGGGUGUGUAAAAAAAUUCUACAAUGACAUGUGUGAGUGAGAUGUGAAGUCAAUCUGAAAUGUGAAUUUUAUGUUUUGAAUUUUAAUAACGAUACGAAACGAAAUCUUGAAUUAUAAGGAUACUAAUGAUGUUAAUCUAAAUUCAGUUACUCAGUGCUACUUAUGUAUAUUUGUUAGUUUUUAUUAAGUUCGGUAUUAUUCCGAUUUAAACAAGGGAUUGUUGAUCGAUUACAUCUUAGUUUUUUUAAUAUUGUGGGUGCCUGUAUACAUUUGUGAAAAUGGGUGAUAAAGAGGACUAUAUAACAUCAUAUCGAGUGUUUUUUGAGAACUUUGCGGCGAAUGUAAAUCCGGAGGACCAACUCCCUGUACAUAUUGCUGGAUACACUAUAACCGAGGCAGAGUUGCCUGGCGAAGUCCUAUACUGGACUACACAAUAUCUGACGGAAAAGCAAUGCCCGCUGACACUGAUGACCCCGCUGCGGCGGAUUAUACUUGACGAGGUGCGAGUAGCAUCGAAGAAAACACCCAAUGACUUUGGGUACAGAGCUGACGAAUCAGUGUACAUAGCCCUGCGGCUAAUGCAAGCGGUGACAGCGCGUGUGAACGCCAUCUGCCUGCGGUAUCUAGACAACUCGAUGCUGGACUCCUUGCCGCCGCCCCCUCCGUUGGAGCAGCGAGACCUGAAGACGGUCUCGUGCGCCACCAAGAACUCCCGGAGGGUUAUGGAGGACCGGCACGUUGAGAUCGGCAACCUCGAAGCACUCUUUGGGAUAGAGACGACAGAGCCCACCAGUUUCUACGCUGUCUACGACGGGCACGCGGGCUCGGCGGCGGCGGUGUAUUGCGCCGCGCACCUACACCAGUAUUUGGUGGAGAGCACGCACUUCGCCAGCGACCUGCGACGGGCCAUGCGCGAUGCCUUCCUGCGCACCGACGCCGAGUUCGUACGCAAAAGCAAUCAGGAGCGAGCAUGCGGCGGGAGCACAGCGGUAGCGGUUGCGGUCCGAGGGCGGCAGCUGCUGGCGGCGUGGGCGGGCGACUCGCUGGCGCUGCUGGCCAAGCGCAUGCGGCUCAUGCAGCUCGUGCGCCCGCACAAGCCCGGCCGCCAGGACGAAAGAGAUCGAAUAGAGUCAUCAGGCGGCACUGUCAUGUACUGGGGCACUUGGCGAGUCAACGGCCAAUUGGCAGUUUCACGAGCUAUCGGUGACGCACAAUACAAGCCGUACGUGACGGCGCGGCCGGAGACAGCCACAGUGGACCUGGAUGGAGACGAGGACUUCGUGGUGGUGGCCUGUGAUGGACUCUGGGACUUUGUCAGCGAAGACGACGUCGCGCUGUCCGUCUACAGGCAACUGGCUGCAGACCCUGAUGACUUGAAGGCGGUGACAAAACGUCUGAUCGCGCAGGCGAAGCGGCAGGGAUCCGCCGACAAUAUCUCCAUAAUCGUGGUGUUCCUGAAGGAGCCCCGUAAAAUAGCCGCAGACAACCGCCCGCCCAUGGACCUUGGGCUGGACAACGCGUUGGCGACCGCGCCACCGUUCGGCAUGGAGCCGGAGGCGUGCAAGCGGCAGCUGGCCGCGUCCGGCGCCGACGGCGGCGAGUGCGCGGACGCCGAGCCGGACAACGGCGUGGACAACUCGGACAGCGACAGCGAGGACCUCGGGCCCGAGACCGCCGUCGACGCCGACGACGUGGACGCCGACAGGAACCACGACCCGGCGCCGCCGACUCCGCCAGCCGACACAAUGGAGGAGGGCCACGUCGACGGCGCUCUUGUGGAUAAUGUAGCGGAGAGCGGCGAGGAAUCAGAAGACGAGUGGAACUACUUCAAGGGCGAAGGCGAACGCGAGGAGCACAACCCCAGCGAGGACGCCCCGCGCUCCGAGACACCUUGCCAGGACAAUUCAGCUUGGGAAACCAGCUCAGUAGACAUGAACAGCUCACCACUGAACCCAGACGCCCCGGUAUUCGUGCCGGGCUCUGUGGCCGGCAGUGAUGUGCUGCUGGCGGAGUCCCCACGCAAGCCCCAGCCCAUGGACGAUAUAGAACUCCCCGAUCGUGCUCAAUUCGAGACUGAAGCCGUUGUUCGGCCUGCGGAACUAUUGGAUUUGGAUAACUGUGAUCAACUUAACGGCCAUCAUAAUGUAUCAUUAGAUGAAUCAAUAAAGGAACAGAUGAAUGGGAACAAUAAGUACAACAUGGAUAGUCUAGGAUUUGGAUUCAGUGUAGGCACGGAACCGGAUAAGGUUACAGACGGUUUAAUACAAGACUUUGAUAGGAUACAGAAGGACACUACUGACUUCUGCAAUAUACAGGUAUUCCAGGCACACACUGAAACAAAUCCGUUUGCCACAGACGACAAUGAUGAACUUUUAGAAAGGCUGAAGAACAAAGAAAGGGAUCCAAUGAGUAUGAGCUUCUAUCAAGAAAAAGACGAUGACACUUGCGAGAGGCUUCCCAAAGCUGUAGAUUUAAAUGCAGUCCAACCUUUACCAGACAGUGAUGAUGAAGAUAUUCAACCAAACGGUGUCUGCGACAAUCUCAUUGAAAACGAAAAAGAAAACAUCAGUCCAGAACAACACAGCGACCUCCUCGGAGCGGCGGGCGACACCUUGGAGCCCAACAACGACAUAAUGAGGUUCGACGACAGAAAAGACAUGUUAGGAAACAAUUCGCCGCUGAACUUCGGCCAGACAGAUAACUUCAUGGAUUACAACGACACCGCUAGCAAUAACAUGCAAAACUAUUCCAAUAUCGAAUUCGAAUCCAGUAACGUUCCACAGGACACGGUGGCGCAAACCGACACACCCGAAUCUCACAAAUUAUUAUUUGAACAAAUACCAGAAAUUCCAGACGGCAAGAGUUCCGAACUGGGCUUCACCGCCGACGACCUGUGCGACCAGACCGAGAGCGAGCGCGACGCGCGCCUGCUCACGCCGCACGACGACAUGUCGCAGGACGCCGACACGGACAGCAAGCUGGACGACUCGCCCUGCCUGGAAGCUCCGUCCGACAUCGUCCCCGACAUUCAGGAAGGCCACAUCGACGCCGAUAUCACGAGCCCAUCGGAACUAACGGAGCCGGAGGCCCGACCGCUAGAGGACAAGCACGACGAAAUCGUGCCCGAGACUGACGACAUCGAACCGGAGUCGGACGACAUCGUGCCGGAGUCGGAUGCGAUCGUGUCGGAAACGGAUCUGAUCGAGCACACGGACAGGCCGCCUGUCUCGCCCGCGCCCGCGCCCGCCUGCGACGUGCAGGUCGACGUGCACCACAGCGACGAGCCCGCGUCUGUAGUCCCCGACCACGCCCACGACACGCCCGACAUCAGGAUCGACGCCGACGACCUCACUGCGGACGCCGAGAUCGACCGGGUGUGCGGCCGCCCGGCCGAGUCGCCCCUUCCCGCUGAGUCGCUGCUGCCGGCCGAGUCGCCGCUGCCGGCCGAGUCGCCGCUGCCUUCCGAAUCGCCGCUCCCGGCGCGGUCGCUCCCGACGGAGUCGCCGUUCCCGGCCGAGUCCCCGCUGCCGGCGCAGUCGCCGCUGCCGACGCGCUCGCCGCUGCCCGCACACUCGCCGCUGCCGAGCGAGCCGCCGCACGCCUCGCCCGCCGCCUCGCCGCUGCCCGCCGAGCCCGAGCCCGCGCGUUCGCCGCUGCCGGCCGACGAGCCCGCGCCCGUCGCCGAAUCCCCCCUUCCCGCGGAAUCGCUCGCCCCGGCGAUAUCGCCUCUUCUCGCGGAAUCGCCCGCUCCCGCGAGAUCACCUCUGCCCGAGGAGACGCAGUCCCCGCUUCCGACGGAGUCCCCCGCUCCCGUCGAGCCCCUCGCGCCCGUCACCUCGCCGUCCCCGGCGCCGCCCGCGGAGUCCCCGGCGCCGCUCGAGUCCCCGGUGCCGAUCGAAUCUCCCGCGCCCGCGAAGUCACCGGCGCCCGCCGAGACGUUCGAACCGAGCGCGCCCGAGCCCGAGCCCGAAGCGGCGCCCUCCCCCGCGCCCGCCCCCGCGUGGGCGUCGCCGCUGCCCGCCGACGUGCCGCUGCCGCGCGAGUCGCCGCCGCCCGCCGACGAGCGCGCCCCCUCCCCGCGCUCCCUCCCCGUCGAGGCCUCGAUGCCGAGGGACGCGCCCGCGCCCGAGCCCGCGCGCCCCGACCUCGUGCCCGGGGAGCCUCGCGCCGAGCUCGUCACCGACGUCGACGUCGGCGUGCCCGAGUCCCGCGCGCAGGAGAUCUGCGUGCCCGUCACCUGCGAGAUCCCGCCCGCCGACGCCGAGCACGCCGCCGCCGCGCCGCCCGCGCCCGCCGACCCCGCGCCGCCCGCGCUCGACAUCCCGCCCGUCAGCGAGACGCCGAUCGCCGCCGACGUGGCGCCCGUCGCCGCCGCCGCCGCCGCCGUGGUGGCCGGCGCCGCGGCCGCCGCCGGGGUCGCCGCCGCGAAGGCGAAGACGCCCGCGAAGAAGUCCCCGACCACGCCGACCGCCAAGGCGACGCCGAGGGCCGCGCCCAAAACGACCGCCCCGAGCCCGAGAACGCCCGCCUCCGCCGCCAGGAAGCCCGCGCCCGCCGCCGGCGCCACGACCGCGCGGCUGUCGGCGUCGCGCACGCCGGCGUCCGCCGCGAAGGCCACGCCGCCCGCGCCCCGGCCCGCCGCGCGGCCCUCCGCCGCCGCCCGGCCCGCGCCCAGCCUGCGCGCCGCGCCCAAGCCCUCGCCCGCCGCCCGCGAGCCCGCACAAGCAGCCAAGACCGCGUCCGCCGCCACCAAAGCUCCGGCACCGAGGGCGCCGAUCACAAGAGUGCCCGCGUCGCGACCGGCGACCGCACCCGCCACAAAGCCUGCGGCGCCGAAACCGCCCGCGGCCCACAAGCCGGCCGCGCCGCGACCCGCGCCCGCCGCCGCGCGGCCGCCGCCCAUCACGAAGCCGCGCGAGCCGCGGCCGGCCCCCAAGGCGCCGGAGAAGAAGCUGGCCAACGGCGACGCCAAGGACGCCCGGCCCGCGCCCCGCGCGCCCGCGCGCCCCGCGCCGCGCCCCGCCGCGCCCCGCCCCGCCACCACCACCGCCACCGCCAAGACGACGACGGCGCCGAAGCCCGCGACGCGAACGCCGGCCGCGCGGCCGCUCGACAAACAGACCAAGGACCUCGCCAACAAACGCAUCACAGCCAAGGCCGCUCCCCCGAGGACCCAAGCAACUAAGGUUCCCACUGGCAAGGCGGGCGCGGCCAAGGCCAAGCUGGCCAACGGCGACGCGCCCGCGAAGGCGCCGCCGAGCCCGCCGCUGGACAACGCGCUGCUGCCUGACGUCAUCGCGUAGGCGCUAUUCCGAUUCCUAUUAUUUCCGCUUGAAUUUUGUGAUUUUCUAUAAGUGUAUGAUAGUUUUAACGUCGCUCGGCGCGGCGAGUCGUUAGGUGCGGGAGGCUCCUCCCAGUUUUAUAUUAUAGAGUCGCUUUUAUAGACGUGUACGUUGCCGGUCGUGGGCCCGGGCCCGGAUGGUUAUUAUUAUCCAUUGUCCUGAUUAUAAGUCUGUUUUAGAAUUUUAUAUUACCAACGAAUGAUUGAUUUAAAAUCUGGCUUCUAAUUUAUUUUCUUUGUAUAACCGUAUUAUUUAAUAAAAUGUGAGGAAGGACUGA